AUGACGAAGAACAGCAGCCUCCAACCUCCUCCGGCAAGGGCCAGGGCCAUCCGCACCGGUGGCACCCGCUCUAGGUGGCCUCUGGUCGCCCGCGACGAGGAGGCGGCGGGCCGAUGCGCCAGAAACUCCUUCCUGGACGGCAUCCUCCGCGUCGUCGCCUCCAAGCCAGGAGCUUCCUCCUCCGCCACCAGGUCGCGCCGGGCCCAGAUCGAGCCCGCCCAGAUCUCCCACCUCCGCACCGGCGUGCCCGAGGGUGGCCUCUGCUCGCCCGCGACGAGGAGGCAGCCGGCCGAUGCGCCCGGAACUCCUUCCAGGACGGCAUCCUCCGCGCCGUCGCCUCCAAGCCGGGAGCAAUCACCUCCGCCACCAGGCCGCGCCGACGCGCCACCCUGCUCCGACUCCUGCUGCCUUCCACGCCGUGGUCCGGAGCUCCUCCGCGCUCUCCGCCGUGUGCCGGCGAGGCUGACCGAGGUCAGGCGCCGCCCCUCCGCUCCUCCACCUGCGCCGCCCGAGUGGCGUCUCCCUCCCGCGCCAGGGAACCCGCCGGGGCGCGCCGACCCUGCCCGCCGCCUUCGACGGCCGGGCGCGGCCGCCACCGCCGGCGCCGGCAGCGGCCGGGAGGGGAAAAAGGGGGCUUUUUAG